AUUCUGUUUUCGCCGGUUGCUUUGGUGUUAGUGGUGUCAGCACGUUCUGUACUUUCUGCGAUUGCAUCCUUCCAGGUUUUCAAUUAUCGAUCGGUUUCGUUCUAUAUUUCUGUAAUCCAUUACGCGAAUCUGAACUAAUUGUUGGUGAAAUUUCUUCAAAAUCAAGAGGUUACCUCUUACAAUUUUACGCUAACUACCCAAAGAUCGUCAAAAUUGUGUGGACAAUGAGUGAAUCGGGUGUGAGGCAGCGCAAAAAGAGUGCUGGCGAUGGGAAACCGCGAAAAGUAAAAAUUCCGCACAGUUCUCAAACCGGCGUAAAUCAGCAUAAUCGCAUGUGGGCUCGCUUGGUGCUCAUCGUUGGCAUAGCGGUCGUAGUAUAUUUUACUACAUUCCGAACUCGGGAAAAGAAAUUUGCCACUCAAAAAGAAACAUUAGAGCUACGAACUCAGAAGCUGGAUUGUUCGAAACCAUAUUUUGAAGAAAUAGCGAAAUACUCUGGCUGUAUCCCGGUUUACUGCGGUCGCUUUGUUAGUGACACAAUUGUUUCGCAAGAGGAAGUGGAAAUACUACUCAAUCUGGCUCGCUCUGGUUUUAAAUUCGGUCGUUCCUCGGGAGGGGCUUCCAUUUUGGAUCUUCACUCGGGCGCUCUGUCUAAAGAAACCCAAUUUGUUAAUAUUUACAAGCUACCAGAGGCAAAACAGAUCUUCACAACUGAUCACAUUAACACCUACAAACUGGUGAAGGAGAAGGUUCGACAGGCGGUCAGUGAUAACUUUAAAAUCAACCGAGAUACUCUUUUCCUCACGCAUCCGACUUUCUUCUCGCGACUAACGAACGAAUCAGCGAAAACCAUCCAUGAUGAAUAUUGGCACCCGCACAUAGACAAAGACACUUACAGCUCGUUCCACUACACAACGCUGCUGUACUUGACCGAUUUUGGCAAGGAUUUUCUGGGAGGUCGCUUCGUGUUCAUCGACAGCCCAGGCAAGCAUAACAAAACUAACGUUUUCAUCGAGCCCAAGGUAGGCAGAGUUAGCGGAUUUACGUCAGGGGCAGAGAAUGUUCACCACGUGGAACAAGUCACUUCCGGAGUCCGGUAUGCAAUAACGAUUUCCUUCACGUGCAAUAAAGAACACGCUAUGGUCGAUCCACAAUUUGCCAUUGAGGAGGACGAUGAACCGUAGAGUGCUUGGUAUGUAAGUAUUAUUCAGAACUAGUAUUUUUGUUUGAAGAGCGUAUUAUCAGUAGAAAAUAUUUCUUUUGACUUCUACCAAACCGCCGAGAUGCAGACACAAUACGAGUAUUUGCUUUGUUAUAAAAUAGAUAAUUUAACUUAGAAUCAAUGAUGGCCAUUUAACAAAAUACACGUGUAAGAUUUUACCAUAAAUAUUUUCGGUGGCGCGCAUGAGUCAAUCUGUUAAAGUAUAUUAAUGAAAAAAAAGUCUAUUUAAAUUCGUUAUGGACAUCAGAGAAAAAUUAUGCGGGAAAAAUCAGAGAAGAUUAUGCGGGAGAUAGUAUAUCACUGACAUUUUGUGGUAAAUAAAACGAAACAUGUGACCGUUUCUUAUAGACAAAGUUUUUUUUAAUGAUUCGAGAAACACGAACAACAAAACUGCUUUUCUUCAAAAACUAGUCUGUUUAUUUUUUUAUUCCUAAUUAUGUUUUAAUCAUACGCACGCAAAUUUGAAAAUAUGGUUUGUUCCAUUCUGCUCUAGAUCAAACGUUCACGAUCAUAUUAGGAAAGGUCUAAAUCGUUAUCUGUUAAGUAAAUAUGGUCGAAAUGAAUUCACAAUAAUAGAAAAUUAACGAAUUUGUGACUACAAAUUACCCUGUCGGUGUAUUAUCCUCGCCUGAAAAACAAUCAAAUUUGAACUCCUCACAUGAAAACCUGCUUAAAACGAAGCUGGAAGUCGAAAUCACAAGGCAUAAGGGCAAAAUUUUCUUGUGUAUCUUGCGUAGUUCGAAAGUGAUGGUUUUCUGCAAGCAAACUACUGAUCUGUUGACCGCUCGGAGAACAAAAAAAAUUAUUAACGAUAUCCUACAUGCGGCUAUUGAUUCGACAGAAUGCUGCGAGUGAUUUUUUAUGCAAUAUGUUUGACCGUCCUUCCUAGCAGCAAAAACAACGGUCUAAACAAUUAGUGCUCGCGUGAUUGAACCAAAUAACCAAACUAACUUAAAACAGUCUUCGUUAAAUAAAAAAAACAUAUAGAUCUCUUUAGGUGCAAUAUUAUAUUAAAUGAUCAGUAAACGCUUGUUGAAAGCUCUCAAACAUGCAACAACAUUCCUUCGACUUUUGCGCACUAGUAGCAUUUAUUUAAGAACAGUCAAUAUACAUACUACGAACAGAAUGGACAUGCGUUCAAUUCGCCACUGGGUAUUAGUUGAAAAAAGUUGGUAUUCGUUUUUUUAUUGAUUUAUUUAGUAUUGUAGUAUUUUAAACUUGUGCAGAUUUUUUGGUUUUUGGAGAAGCAACAAAUAAAGUGUUUGCUCAUACAGUUUUAUUUAAAGUUAAAUAAAA